UCCAGAACCCUAGAAACCCCGGUGAGAAAAACGGUGACUCGGAAGGAGAGAGAAGGACCGGAGGGAGGGAGAGAGAGAGAGAUGUCUUUCUUGUAUGAGAAGAGCGAUUCAUGGAGAUGGCUAGUGAGGAAGACGCGAGAUUCAAGAUCCUUCUUCUUCACGUUCGCUACCUUAUGCGGUGUCAUUCCAGGGAUAAUUGGCUAUGGGGUUAUGCAGGUCACCAAUUCCACAAACCCAGAGCUCGAAUCCCGGCUCCGACAAUCCGCCCGCCCCGAAACCGUCAUGAUGGGCAAAGUAAACCAGGAGAGGCUAGCUGAAUAUCUUGGUGAGUUGAAGCAGAAACAGGAUACAAAUGAUAGAUACGUGGCUGCUUUAAGGGGAGAGACUCUGACCAGGAAGCCUUACCAAAGAAUCCAACCAGUGCCAAAGCCAAAUGACACGGUGACAACCAAAGCUCAGCAAUGAUGAAUUCUUAGAAGGGCUUUUGUGAUGGAUACCUCUCACUCUCGAAUCUUUCUUGGAUGCGAAGAUGGCAUGUUUCUUGGCCGUAAUAUUUUCUUUCUUUGUAUCUGGCAUACUUUGUGGUUUUUAAACUGGUGCAACAGUCAGUCACUUCAAACAUUUUGUGACAGUGAAUAAAAAUGUAAAACCCAUGCUUUUGUACACUGCUUCUUCAUUCUUGUUUGCAAGUUAACAUUUA